CAGUCAAGAAAUUAGCUUGCCCAACACUCCAAGACAACCCAAACAAGAUAACCGGGAUCAGCCCAAAUUACAGAACCCUAAUCGUAGAAAGCUCUGUGAGCUCUCAAAACCCCGAAACCAAUCUGAGCAUUGACUCCCGCCGCACAGCAGCCCCGUCGGAGCGCGCAACUCCCCUCUCUCGUCGCCUCCUUCAUUCUAAGCUACUAGAAAGAUGGAUCUCAACAAUGUUAAGAUUCCCAAAAUCCCUGGUGGUGGUGCAGCCUCAUCUCUGGUCAAGCUUGGGGUUGUAGCUGGGCUUGGUCUUGUUGGAGUUGCCAACAGUCUCUACAAUGUCGAUGGAGGGCAUCGCGCCAUUGUCUUCAACCGUAUCACUGGUAUCAAAGAACAGGUCUAUCCUGAAGGAACACACUUUAUGAUACCGUGGUUUGAGAGGCCAACCAUUUAUGAUGUCCGUGCAAGACCCCAUCUAGUGGAAAGCACAUCUGGAAGUCGCGAUCUUCAGAUGGUGAAAAUUGGUCUGCGUGUUUUGACACGUCCUGUACCAGACCAGUUACCCACUAUAUAUAGGAAUCUUGGGGAGAACUACAAUGAAAGGGUGUUGCCUUCCAUCAUCCAUGAAACCUUGAAGGCUGUGGUUGCCCAGUAUAAUGCUAGCCAGCUUAUCACCCAGAGAGAGGCUGUGAGCAGGAAGAUAAGGGAUAUUUUGACUCAGAGGGCAGCUAACUUCAACAUUGCAUUGGAUGAUGUGUCCAUAACCAGCCUGACCUUUGGGAGGGAGUUCACUGCAGCUAUCGAAGCAAAACAGGUGGCUGCUCAGGAAGCCGAGAGAGCCAAGUUCAUAGUUGAGAAAGCUGAACAGGACAAGCGCAGUGCUAUCAUUAGGGCACAGGGUGAGGCUAAGAGUGCACAGCUGAUUGGGCAAUCCAUUGCAAACAACCCGGCUUUCAUCACGCUGAGGAAGAUUGAAGCUGCCAGAGAAAUUGCUAGCACCAUAUCAAAUUCAUCCAACAGAGUGUACCUGAGCUCUGAUGAUUUGCUGCUCAACCUGCAAGACCUCAACCUGGAUGUCGUCAAGAAGUGACCUAAAAACUUGUCUCUCUGUCUAGCUGCUGAGAUAACAAAGAGUUUAGUCUAAACUCGUAUUUCAUUUCUUUUGCUGUGGAAAAAUUCCUUUUGAAGUUUGAAAAACACCCUUUUAGUUAUGCUUUUGCUUUUGGAGGGGCUCAUUGAGAAUGGUAACCACAACAUUUUGGGCUACAAACUACUAUCGGGAAAAAAUGCAUCCGUCUCUCAAUGACUUUAUUUUCCGAAUGUCGAAGGUGUGUGGCUGUGUGUGAUCAAUGAUGGCAUCCGUCACUAAUUAUUGUUUUUUCACCAAGUAUGUGAAUUACUUAUGAA